AUGGAAAGGACUGCUGGCGGCAACGUGCAGAAAGGUGGAUUUGAUGGAGGAGAGAAAAGGCUGCCUGGUGAAAAGGAGAGGAAUGCGUCUAAAACAGGGGCAGCAUGGCUGAAGGAGGAACUGCUGGAUAUUAAAGAGCGUCCCUACUCUAAGCAAAGACCUUCUUGUCUUUCUGAGAAAUAUGACAGUGAUGGUGUCUGGGAUCCAGAGAAGUGGCAUGCGUCUUUAUAUCCGACUUCAGGAAGAACUUCACCAGUAGAAAGCUUUAAAAAAGAUUUGGAUUCAGAUCGGACAUCUCUUAUGCGUAGAAUAGUAGAUCCAAGAGAGCGAGUGAAGGAAGAUGACUUGGAUGUAGUCUUAAGUCCACAAAGGCGAAGUUUUGGAGGCGGCUGUCAUGUAACUGCAGCUAUUAGCUCACGUCGAGCAGGGAGCCCGUUAGAAAAGGAGAAUGAUGGUGUCCGUGUUAUUGGCGGCCGUAGGAUUGGCAGUGGAAGAAUUAUCUCUUCUCGUAACUUUGAUAAAGACCACCGGAUUGGUGAAAAAGACAUACGCGAUUCUAGAGAUGCAAGAGACAGAGAUCGUGAGAGGGACUACAAAGAUAAACGCUUCAGGAGGGAAUUUGGUGACAGCAAACGUAUCUUUGGGGAGCGAAGAAGGAAUGACUCUUACACUGAAGAGGAACCUGAGUGGUUCUCUGCUGGUCCUACAAGUCAGUCUGAAACCAUUGAGCUCACAGGCUUUGAUGAUAAAAUUUUGGAAGAAGAUCACAAAGGGAGAAAACGUACAAGACGACGUACAGCCUCACUAAAGGAAGGGAUAGAAUGUAAUGGUGGAGUGGCAGAAGAGGAUGAAGUGCAAGCUGUCCUUGCCAAUGAAACUCCAGCAGAUCAAGAAGUUCCUAGGGAAGCUGUCUUACAAGAACCAGCUCCAGGAGAGUUUGACUUCAAUGAGUUCUUUAACUUGGAUAAAAGUGUUCCUGGCCUGGCUUCGAUGAUAGAGGAUGUGCUGGGAGAAGGAGCAGUGUCUGCCAGCAGGUUCAGCAGGUGGUUUUCUAAUCCUAGUCGUUCUGGAAGUCGGUCAAGCAGCUUGAGAUCUACCCCACAUGAGGAACUGGAGAGGCUAGCAGGUCUAGAGCAAGCCAUUCUCUCCCCUGGCCAGAACUCUGGAAACUACUUUGCUCCCAUUCCAUUGGAAGACCACUCUGAAAACAAAGUGGACAUCCUAGAAAUGCUACAGAAAGCCAAAGUGGACUUAAAACCUCUUCUCUCAAGUCUUUCAGCCAACAAGGAAAAACUUAGAGAGAGCACGCAUUCAGGAGUUGUACUUUCAGUGGAAGAAGUCGAAGCUGGUCUAAAAGGCCUGAAAGUGGAUCAGGAGGGAAAAACUGCUACUCCAUUUAUGGCCGAGCAGAUGGAGGAAGCAUUGAAUAUUGCUGGCUCCAGACACAUGAAGAAAGAUGGAGAUAUGACUGCAUUUAACAAACUAGUCAGCAGUAUGAAGGCAAGUGGGACUCUACCUUCACAGCCCAAAGUCAAUCAGAGCCUUGACAGCCACUUAAUGUCCCCUCCAGAGAUGGCCGGCCAGCCUCUAUCAAAGAAUAUUCUGCAGGAACUUCUGGGUCCCCCCAUCACCAGACCUGCUUCAUCAAAUGUCUUAAGUGGCCUGAUAGGUGGUUUGGAACCUGCAGCCUCCUUACUGACACAGAGAGCAUCUUCUCCCCCUAUUCCACCUGUGUUUCCAACUCGAGCUGCUUCCGCAGAUUACCUGCGCCACAGAAUAUCUUCACCCAUUGGUUUUGGGCAAGGUUCUCAGCAAUUGCUUGGUGAUCCGUUUCCAGGUGUAAGGAAGCCGAUGAGUCCAGUUGCUGCACAGAUGAGUCCUUUGGAAAUACAGCAAGCUGCGUUAGAGGGACUGGCAUUGCCACAUGACUUAGCCAUACAGGCAGCAAACUUCUAUCAGCAUGGCUUUGGUAAACCACAAAUGGACAAAAGCAGAGAUGGCUACAGAAACAGGCAGCAGCGAGCAACGAAAUCGCCUGCGCCAGGACACCGAGGGAGUGCGUCUUCUCCAGCCCCUGCAGCAUCCAUUACUAGCAUGCUGUCUCCUUCCUUUACACCUACCUCUGUGAUUCGCAAGAUGUACGAGAGCAAGGAAAAAAGCAAAGAGGAGCCAGUUUCUGGGAAAAUGAAAGUCAGCGAUGGUAAAGAUGAAAAUCAGAGGUCAAAUGAAGGUACCAAACUACCUGCACUGCAACGCUCUGCAUGUUCCACACCUCUUACCCAAGCAAAUCGCUGCACCAAAGAGCAAGACUACAGGCCUAAAUCAACUGGUAGAAAGACUCCUACAAUGGCCUCGCCAGUACCAGGAGGCCCUUUUCUUCGUCCUGUUCAUCAAGUACCCCUUGUUCCCCAUGUACCGAUUGUACGACCGGCUCAUCAACUGCAUCCAGGAUUGGUCCAGAGAAUGCUGGCGCAGGGGGUUCAUCCGCAACAUCUUCCUCUACUGCAAGCAGGUGUGCUUCCUCCUGGAGUGGACCUGUCUCACUUGCAGGGAAUAUCUGCUCCCAUCCUUGGCCAACCUUUUUAUCCGCUACCAACAGCCAGCCAUCACAUCUUAAAUCCACGCUCUGGGACACCUUUGCAGCUAGCGAUGAUGCAACAGCAACUACAGCGCUCAGGCACUGGAGCACAGGGAUCACCCGCUGGUGCACAAACAACCCCUCAAAAUGUGCUGUCUCGGACUGGAUUAUCUCAUGGGCACACACAGCUUGACCAUCGCCCUAGCCAGAGAAGCGGCUCUCCCAUUGGCCUCGCAAAAUGGUUUGGUUCCGAUGUCUUGCAGCAGCCUCUCCCUUCCAUGCCAUCCAAAGUCAUCAGUGUAGAUGAACUGGAAUACCGGCAGUGAACAGUGACCACUGGGUGGGACACUUGUGAUUCUUUAGACUGGAUAAAAAUGUCCAUAGUCAGGACUUCACCUCUGUUUGUUUUUUGGGGCUUUUAUUUUUAGCACUCUGUGCAAAAUUUCUUUUCAAGAGACUAAAGCACAUGGCACCUGUCCUGGUCUCAUGUCUGCAUCAAGACUAAAGGAUCCAUUAUGGCUUGAAUAGUGAAGCCUGAAGAAAUUUAGAUGCAAGACAAAGCCAGUUUAAUCCUGGAAGUGUCUAUUUUUUGUUUUUGUAAGAUAUGUGAAUGAAGUGCUGAUAUUCUCUAGUGUAGAGGUAGCAGCUAUGGAUUCCUCCUGCAGAAAACUAAAUGUAUAGACCCUGUGUACAGACUUGUGUAUAAACAAUCUUUUGUAUAUAUACACAUAGAAUAGCCUUUUUGAAUCUAUACAGCUGUACAUAAGAGUAGCUGGUAACAGUGGAGCUUUAGUUGUGCCUAUGG